UAAUUUACACUAGAAAAGAAAAGGGAAUAAAUUAUAAAGUUCCGAAUAAUUAUCAAGUAAAAACAACAUUAAGUGGACUAACAGUUUUAUGUAAAACACAGUAUCAAUUUUCACGUAAAAUUGCAAUUAAAUAUAUUAUUGAAUGGACAGAUGAAAAUGAUCAAAUAAAGUCAAGAUAUAGUUUGUCAUCAGCUAGGGCAGCAGGUUCUUUAUUUUUAAAACCCAAUUCACAAGUUGCUGGUACAAUACUUUUUGGUCUAGAUAUAAAUUUUUUACAACAAAUGCGCGAAAAUAUUGCACAACAAUCUAUAAUAUCAGCUAAUCGCAAACGAUAUUUUACUGAACUUACAUCACAAUCACAAAAAAAUAAACAUAUUACUAUGGUUGGAAAGGAAAUUGCAGCACAAACUUUAACAAUUCUCAAAAAUAAUAAAUUUACCACACCAUCUGAAGAAAUUAUA